AUCUUCGAAAUGUCGAAUGGAAACGAGAAGAAAAGUUCAACGCACGAUCUACACGUGCACGUGGUUCCAUCGGUCGAUGCGUCAGUGUACGUGGGCGGCGCGGCCGAAGCUCCCCGGUACUAAAAUGGGUACACACGGUGUAGUAGUAUCAGUCUGGCGUGGCAUGGCAUGCAGUCAUGGUGGCGAUCUCAAACUAAAGUCAAACGCCUAACCAGGCAUAGACAAGGGCCGGUCAGGUGAGGUGAAGCUCAGAAGCUUAAUUCUCGAAUCUCCUGUUUUCAUUUAUCAAACGGAUAUGUGCGACAGCUGAGUAACAUAACAGACAGCUGAGACCUAGUAAUGCUGUAGGCAGCUAUCCUGCUGAUCGCUGAUACCGUAGUUUAUAGUAUAGAUGAGAUGAACUCUCGGGAUGUCCUUCAAUUCUUCCCUGCAAUCUGGCAGGAUCUGUUGACAAGUGAACAGCCAGAUUUCAACAGCUGUAGUGCAGAGGGAAUGGAGAGGUUGCUUCAGAAGAUGGGAGGCAGUUUCCAUGGUGACAGAACAUUAUUUCCCUCGACCGGCUCUUCUCGCAUUCAGAAGACGCCUGAUUGGUUUGGGCUGUUGAGUACAUUGGUAGCUAAAGACGAUAGGAUGAAGGAUGGUUUAUCAUCAUCUGAAGGGUCCGCCAGAUUCUUUCAGCUAUCAGUCCAUCUUCAGCGAACCCUCUUAGCCGUUAUCUCUCAUCAUGCAGCAGAAAUGCCACUUCCUCUUCUUCAAAAAUUAAUGCGGUGCAUACUGGAUGACCAGCCCAAAGACCACUGGAUGAUGUUCCAUCUACAUGAACUACAGAACCACAUUGCAACUUGCCUUCCCAACAGUCAGAGUCAAAGGUCAAAGGUCACACCAGUUUCCACAGGUUUUUUGACACAGCAGUCCAAAGGAUUGUUCAGGAAAGUUUGUGAGUCGGUUGCUGCGACGGAGAAUCGUCAGGGUAAGCCAACUGUUAGUAGUGAAAAUGUAGGAAACCCAUCAUGUACAGUUCAGGCAUCAAAUGGAUUCCAGAGUUUUGUGGAAUAUUUCAGAGAGAGUCAACGAGCAAUUGAGAUUCAAACCAAAGUCAAGGACAAGUUGAUGGAUUGGGAUUUCCCACAAGGGACUUCUAGACCUGAAGAUUCUUUUCAUCAGAACCCAGUUAAACAUGCAUUUGACAAUCAAGACCAGUCUGAAUUGAUCCUGCAAAAGCCAAAGAGGAUGAAGCAAGGUAGUGAUGAUGAGGGUAUUGUUCAACCUCCCCCUGUACUUGAUGAUCAAGCCCUUGAUAGGCUUGUGGAAGAAUCUGAAAAUGAAGAGGGAGGGAAGGAGCAUUGUAUGAAGAGCAGCAAUGGAAGCGGCCAUGUUGAUGAUGUCAUCAAAGCAGAGGAGGAAACUUUGGUUGCAGGUGAUGUUAUUGAAAGAGACCAUUUCAUUGAGGAGUUGAAAUCUGACAUUAAGAUGAAGAUAGAUGCAUUGAAGUCUGCCUGGCACAGUAUAGGAUGUACAGGAAAUACAGAAGUAUGUAAUGAAGCGAUCAGGUUCAUGAGUACCUGUACCUCAGAUCAGUUAUCAAAGCUGUGUUUCUACCUUGAUGUGACGACCAUUGAUGUAUCUACACUACCUGCUGUAUGUCAAAGCAUUACUCCAAUGGCGGAUCUGUUCAGUUACACAGCCACAGGAAUUCUUGCAAAGAAUCUUUUCUUAGACAAGAUGACAUCUUUGACCCAAAGGCCACCCAGAGCUUUGAAUUCUGCCCUCGUAUGUUUCACCCAAGCCUUUCCUAAACCAGCCAUAGAGGGAGCCCUAGCACCAUGUAUCCAAUCUGAUGCAUCAUCCAUCCAGUUUGACCUUGUGUCCAAAGUGGCUAAAGAGGCUUUGACCAAUGACCACAAAGUGUUUCUAGUCAGGAGUUUGCUUGGGUCUCCAGGUUUGGUAUGGUCAGAGGAGGUCACUGGUUUUGUCCAAAAUAUGUUGGACAUGAAGUUGGAUAUGGAUUCAUCCCUCCUUGGUCUGUUGUGUACAUCUCUAGGGCAGAAUGGAAUAACCCAGUCUAAAUGUAAGAAGUUUGCCAAGCUACUUCUGGCUGUCAUCAACAAGUAUAGUAAACAGAUAACCCCUGAUCAUGUGACUCACUUGCAGAGGUCAGUAGAGGUCAACCAGACGUUCCUCAAGAAAGCAUGUCAAGGGGCGUUGAAGAAGAUCAAGAACUGAUAACAAAGCAGCUGAGAAGACCUUUGAUAAGUCAGUUUCUACAGGAGUAUAUUGAGUAUGGUGUGGAAUAAAUUGGAGUUUGGUUGAAGCAAGCACCAGUCAUAACACCCUACAGUACUUGGGAGGAAAUGUGUUCCGUAGGUAAUUUUGAUUAAGGGGCUGAAUAUUGAUGCUGGUGUUAGGACAAAAUAAACACCAGUCACAAUGCUAUACUUGAAGCACCAUUGGUGUUGAGGCAAAAUAAACACCAGCUAUAAUACCUUAUUUGAACUGAGGAUGGUGUAUAAUCACCAGCCGCAACAUCCGGCUUGAAUUGUUUGUUCGUAUUAGGUUAAAA